AUGAAGGAUAUGAAGAAGAGAACUGUAAGGAACUUAAGCUAUAUAACAUCUGUUCGGACCUUGAAGCAGGCGAUAGCUCUCCAUAAAAGCAAUAUUGCACAUAGCAAAGAGUUUCUUACGCCAACAACACUUGAGGACUCUGAUGACCAAGAACUUCUACAGAGUAUUGAGGCUUUUUGUCGGAGUUUGAAGAGAAAACAUAUACCUGGAGUGGAAGAUUUUGCUGUCUCACACACGACGGGUAUUGGAGGAAUGAGAAAGACUUUCGAAGAUUGCGCUAAAGUAAGACUCUUGUUAGAGAAUCACAAGAUUUCGUUCCGAGAAAGAUAGGUUCUGAUGGAUUGUGAGUUUAAAAAGGAGAUGUGGAGGUUACUUGAGGAGAAAGUUACACCUCAUAGGCUCUUCAUCAAGGUAAGCAGUAGGUACAUUGGUGGAGCAGACGAAGUAGUGGCUUUGAACGAGAAUGGCAAGCUCAAGAAGCUUUUUUGGAAUUCCUUGAGCUGA